AUGAACGAUUAUCCGUGGACAUAUGAUAAUGACCUUUUUGGAGGACCCGACUUUUGGGGUUUAUUGAGCAAAAAGUGGAAGAUGUGUGCAAAAGGAAAAAUGCAAUCGCCAAUAAACAUUAAACCAGCAUCGAUUUUAUUCGAUCCUCGACUAAGUGAUAUUAAAAUAGAUCAAAUAUCAGCGACUGCUGAAAUGAUAAACAUAGGUCAGAUGCCACGAUUACGAGUAAUUUAUGAUACUCAUUCUUUUGCGGUAAACAUCACUGGCGGGCCAUUGCGCCCUUACAAAUACCGCCUACAAAGAAUAGAUUUUCAUUAUUCAAACGAUGACAUGACAGGUUCGGAGCAUGCUAUCAAUUCGAAAAACUUCCCUAUGGAGAUUCAACUGAUAACAUAUAACACUGAUUUAUACAGUAAUUUUACAACAGCUUUGACGUUGCCACGUGGAAUCGCGGCUGUUUCGAUUAUCGUUUUGGUUGAUAAACAUACCAAUGAAGAGUUGUCAAAGAUCACCGAAUCUAUCGAAAAAGUACCUUUCAGAAAGAAGCGUAUUACACUGCAUGAAUUAAAAAUAUGGAAAUUAUUCCCUGCUUUAAUGGACUAUGUGACAUACGAAGGAUCGAUGACAUCACCAGGAUGUUAUGAAACAGUCACCUGGAUUAUACUUAAUCAUCCAAUUUAUAUCACUAGGACAAAUUUAAAUAAGUGGCGGAAACUACAACGGACCAUUGCGGAAGAAAAAGAGCCUCAGUAUGUGGCCCCUAAUUUCAGGCCACUACAACAUUCCUACGGGCGACUAAUUAGAACAAAUAUUAUCAGCAAAAAUGCCAGCAUUGAAUGCAAGCGUCGCAUUACAGUUUCACGGUAUCGCUCAAAUUUGGAACGAACUUGA